AUGGCUCAGUCGUCUCAAAAAUUGCACAGUCAAAACGCACGACCCACAAACUCUAAAAACGAGAAGAAUAGUAAAGCUAUGCAAAGCGUACGAAAUUGCUCGUACGAAGGCUUUCGUCGAAUUACCCUCCGAAUGGGACGGUCAGGAGGGGCUCCUGCGAGGCAGAAGGAUGUGCCAGCCCCCACUGUUCUAAAACAGAAACAAAAGGGGGCAGUUAAUAUAUCAAAGAGAUAUCUGACAGUACAGAAAAGUCGUGAAGACUGGCUCAAAUGUCUUCGCCCUCGCCGAUAUGCCGGGGUAGCUCCAGUUGAUGGCAUGGAUGCACGACGUAAGGCUAAAAGCACAAAGCUUCGGAAUUAG